CCACUCGAUCCGCUGGAGAUUGGAAGAAGGGGAGCCUGAGGACAGAUGAUACCCAAUUAUAUAUGCACCCCCCACUUUCUUUCCUUUCGUCUCACCCUAUCUCCAUCCGCUCUUCCUUUGCACCAUCACCAACCAGUCUAUCCCUCUGAGAGCUCGCAAUGGCACAGAUCAUUAAACACCAGCACAAGGAAGAUUUCAAAGAUGUUGAUCGGGGCAACAUCUUCACCUACCUCCAAUCGAAUCCAAAUGGGAUCCCCGAUUCCAAGGCCAUGUUCAUCCGAGCCGAUGGAAAGUCGUUUUCGCGCGGACAUAUCUUCCAGCAGGCCCGUCAGAUUGCCCAUGCGCUGCGCCACAAGCUCAAGCUGGCCGAAGGCGACCGCGUCGCCAUCUUUUCGCCAAACAGCUGCACCUACCCCACUCUCGUCUACGCAGGCCUAGGCGCAGGUGUCGUGCUCGUACCGUGCAACCCCCAGUACAGCCCAGAGGAGCUCGUCCACCCAAUCAAAGACGCGUCCGUCAAGUAUAUCUUCGCCCACCCCGCAGUCGUGGGCAAUGCGAGAAAGGCACUGCAACUAGCAGGCAUCAGCAAGAAGACCGAGCAAGGCGUCGAGAGGGUCUGGCUUCUGGAUGACACGGACACACUUGCUACUGUGCAGGACGGUCAGGAAAAGGACGCAAGGACGUUGAUUGGAAAGGAGGAAAUGGAGCCCUUGGUGGUAAAGGACGCGGCCGAGCGAACAGCAUUUAUCGCCUAUUCUUCCGGCACUUCGGGCAAGCCAAAGGGUGUCAUGCUGACUCACAAAAACAUGACUUCGGUGACGGCCUCCAUGAUCAUUGCACUCAAGAACGACUUCCACUCCAACAGCACCGCUCUGGCCGUCCUUCCCUUCCAGCACAUCUUUGCCCUUGCCAAGUUUAUUCACUUUGGCGCCCUUUGGGGCUACUCGACCGUGGUGUUGCCCAAGUUUGACCUCGAGCUCUUCCUGGGGUCCAUCCAGCGCUACAAGGUCAAUCUUGCCAUUCUUGUUCCACCCAUUGCUGUCCUCCUCGCAAAGCAUCCCCUCGUCGAGAAAUACGACCUGAGCUCGAUCACCGUCAUUCUGUCUGGCGCGGCACCGCUGUCAAAGGAGCUGGGCGACGAAGUAGAGGCGCGGAUCCCGAAUGCGAGGGUCACACAAGGCUACGGUCUCUCCGAGACGUCACCCACAGCGACGUACAUGUCGAUUGAGAAGUACCGAGACUUCAAGGGAAGCUGCGGUGAGCUCAUGCCCUGCAUCGAAGCGCGCCUUGUCAACGAUGACGGCAAGGACGUCGGUCACGAGCAAGGUGCAGAUGGCAAUCCGGGUGAGCUGUGGCUGCGAGGUCCCACGAUCAUGAAGGGUUACCUCAACAACGAGGAGGCCACGCGAGACUGCAUCACCGACGAUGGCUGGUUCAAGACGGGCGACAUUGCUAUCAGCAAAGGAGCAGUGCUGUGGAUUGUUGAUCGAAAGAAGGAAUUGAUCAAGUACAAGGGCUUCCAAGUGGCCCCUGCCGAGCUUGAGGCACUGCUCCUGCGCCAUCCCAAGGUGGCAGACGCCGCCGUCGUCGGUAUCUAUUCCGAGGCCGAAGCUACAGAGUAUCCACGUGCCUACAUUGUUCCUCGCGCAGACGCCGGCGUCGAUGUCAAAGACAAGGCCCAGGCUGAGCAACUGGGCAAAGAGGUCAGAAAGUGGGUCGAUGAGCAGGUCUUUAACGCCAAGCGCCUUCGCGGCGGCGUCAUCGUGGAGGCGGCCAUCGAGAAGAGCCCCAGUGGAAAGAUCUUGAGGAGAGUCUACAAGCAGAGGCACGAGGAAGAGGAAAAGAAGAAGAAGGGGUCAUCGAAGAUGUAAUAUUUUGUCUCUAUUUGCUACUACUGCUCCUUAGUGCGAGGGUCCCUGUUGCUCUAUUCUCUUCGCCAUGUUGCUCUAAGCUGCUCUCUAAAAAUCUCCCAUCUUUGCAUCUUCUACUACUACGAUGCAACACAUGAUCUUUACAGCACUCUGAUGACUGAAGUCCUCCCCUUAAUCAUAAAAAGCAUAGCCCGCCUCUAACCUCUAUACCCCUUCUCUUAAGAUUGCUUUGGCCAUUCCCGCAUCUGCUAUAUGAUGGCAGAUUGCUUCUGAUUGUGAAGACAGAUCA